AUGGCCUCCUCACAAACCACCUCCAAAAAGGACGACCACAAGACCGCCACCACGGAGAACAAGCCGGACCAGCCGCAGGCCACAGCAGAGCAGAAGCCGGCCGCGCUGGAGGAGGACGACGAGUUCGAGGAUUUCCCGGUUGACGACUGGGAGGCCGAAGACACAGAGGCCGCGAACGGCGGCGGCGGCGGCGAGGGGACACAGCACCUGUGGGAGGAGUCGUGGGACGACGACGACACGACCGAUGACUUCUCAACGCAGCUCAAGGAGGAGCUGAAGAAGGUCGAGGCAUCCAAGAAGCGGUGA